AUGGAUACACGCGAAAGAUAUAUAGAAGAAUCGGCUGCAUACAUGACCAAAACAAAUACAUAUAUAGAAAUACCAACAUCACCAUUAAAAGACAUGAUAGAAAAUACAGAUAAAUUUUUACGUAUUCUGGUUUCAACAAAACAGAUGCCUCAAGUAUUAUCAGAUAAAUUAAGAUCAUCAAUGACAGAAUCAGAAUUAUCGAAUUUAUAUUAUAAUGCUAAGGAUCAUAAAAUCACCAUUAGCAAAGAUAGCUAG